GGUGUUCAGCUGGUCCUCCUGACUGGAUGGCGAGGAGGUUGGCGUCGUUUCCUCGGGAUCGCGCGCGUGUGCAUUUUCGCGAGCUGCGCGUUCGUUUUGAAGUGUCCGGUAGCUCGAGCUCUGUAGUCGAGACUCGGUGGAGUGGAAGGGAGCGGAGCAGCGCGUGAGGGAGACCAGAGAAAGGGUUUCGUUAUUGUAAUUAUCUGCUGUGGAGGAAAGAAACACCAAAAACAACGAAUCCCGGAACACUGUGGAGAGUGAGGACUGGAGACAUCUAUUCAGCAGAAGCUUGUAGGAGAUGGGAGUUGGGUUUCUGGUCCCAAGUGAGAGGUCUGAAGUGCGACUUGACGCUCCACUGAGACUCCCUGCUCAUCCCCAAUGUUCUUGAUGUUUCUCGCCUUCGCUACAUGCAGAUCUCCCUGUCGUGAAGUCAGCACGGUGCAGCCAUGUUCAGGAACAGCUUAAAGGCACUGCUCAGCGGCGGAAAGUCCAACCGCAAGAAUCGGAACAGCGGUGGUGCUCCAGGUGAUGGAGAGAGUGUGUUUGAGGGUGACUACGCCGUGCCUCCUCUCCCGGUGACUGAGGGAAUGCAGCACAUCCGCAUCAUGGAGGGAGUGUCUCGCUCUCUGCCCUCCUCACCGCUCCUCUCACACCAGGCCCUCAGCAUGAGACUACAACCACUCAAGAGACUCCCGGGUGAAGACAGUCAGGAUCUGGGUCCCCCUCCGUCAGUGGACGAGGCCGCAAACACCCUGAUGACAAGACUUGGGUUCUUGCUUGGGGACAAAAUGGGUGAGGGGUCCGAGAGAGCGGCGUACGGCUACGAGGAACCAGAAGAAAGUCAGGCUGUCUCCAUGAAUCAGAGAAUCAGUCCUUGUUCCAGUCUGGCCAGUAGCUCGGCUUCGCCCCCUCCUGGCAGCCCCUGCUCCACUCUUCCGGCUGGUGGUUCAGGCAGCGCCGGUGCCUACGGCUCCAUUACGAGUCCCACGUCUACUCUGGAGAGCAGAGACAGCGGCAUCAUCGCCACACUGACUAGCUACUCGGAGAAUGCGGAUCGGGGAGGGAAGCACAGCGACGGCUCACGCCUCAAACUGCGGCAGACGGGGAAAUCUUCAGGUGGCGACUCCUUCCUGUACCGUGUGGACGAGAACAUAGCUGCCUCCACAUACAGCCUCAACAAAAUCCCAGAGAGAAGCCUAGAGCACUCCACCUCCCACUCCGCCCACUCCAUCCCCCUCUACCUCAUGCCCCGCCCAAACUCUGUAGCAGCUACAAGUUCUGCUCACCUGGAGGACUUGGCGUAUCUGGAUGAGCAGCGCCAGGCUCCGUUGCGGACGUCCCUGCGAAUGCCGCGUCAGAACUCCAGCGCUGGAAGAUUAGGGAAUGACUUAAGAGCCUGCACUAGCAUCCCUUCCUGGCAAUCUAACUCAUUGCGGUUCGCACCCUACCGUGCCCCAGACAUUGCCCUGAAGCCGCUGCUGUUCGAUGUGCCCAGCGUGUCACCAGAAUCUGUGUUCACGGGACGGGAGUGGCUUUUCCAGGAAGUGGAAGCUCAGCUGCGUGGCGGUGAAGGCAGCAGUCCGGGCGUGGUCAUCGUGGGCAACGUGGGUUUCGGCAAAACUGCCAUCAUCUCUCGCCUGGUGGCUCUGAGCUGCCACGGCAACCGCAUGAGACAGAUCGCCUCUGAGAGUCCGCAUGCCUCACCCAAACACGGAGACACGUUGCCCUUCAGCCAGCCGCAGUCGGCUCACGGGACGCUGGUCGGAAGCAGCAGUUGCCCUGGGACUCCUGAGAUGAGGAGACGUCAGGAGGAGGCGCUCAGGAGACUCUCCUCUCAGGUGGUGGCAUAUCACUACUGCCAGGCGGAUAAUGCCUACACGUGUCUGGUGCCUGAGUUUGUACACAACAUCGCGGCGUUGCUGUGUCGAGCUCCUCAGCUGCAGGCAUACAGAGAGCUGCUGCUGCGACAGCCGCACCUACAGAGCCUGCUCAGCCUGCGCUCCUGCGUCCAGGAACCAAUCACAGCCUUCACACGCGGCCUGCUCGAACCACUGCACACGCUGCACAGGGAGCGUAAGGUGGCAUGUGACGAAGAUCUGAUCGUCCUGAUCGACGGCCUGAACGAAGCCGAGUUCCACAAACCAGAUUACGGAGACACCAUCGUUUCCUUCCUGUGUAAAACCAUCGAGCGUUUCCCUCCAUGGCUCAAACUGGUGGUGACAGUCAGGACCUCGCUACAGGAUAUCACUCGUCUACUGCCGUUUCACCGGAUCUCUCUGGACCGUCUGGACGAGAGCGACGCGAUCGACUCGGACUUGCAGGGUUACAUCCUGCACCGCCUGCACGCCAGCCAAGAGAUCCAAAACAACGUGGCACUGAACGGGAAGCUGGAUAACGCUGCCUUCUCCAAACUAAGUGCCCAUCUGAAAGGCCUGAGUCGCGGCUCAUACCUGUACCUGAAGCUCACACUUGACCUGAUCGAAAAGGGCUACCUGGUCCUAAAGAGCUCCAGCUACAAGGUGGUGCCGGUUAGUCUAGCCGAAGUGUACCUGCUGUUGCUGAACAUGCGUUUCCCAACGCAGUCUUCGUUCGAACGAGUGCUUCCGCUGCUCAAUGUGGCCGUGGCGUCCCUGCACCCGCUGACAGACGAGCAGGCGCUCGGGGCGGUGAAUGCCGGAGUCAUACGUGGCACCGCACUCCACUGGGACGACUUCCAGCAGCGGGCCGAGCUCCUGUCACCCUUCCUCAUGAAGAGAAGGGAUGGAACGCGGAUGUUUGUCCACGCCUCCUUUAGAGAGUGGCUCAUCUGGAGAGAAGACGGCGAGAAGACCAAGUUCCUCUGUGACCCCAGGAGUGGCCACACACUGCUAGCCUUCUGGCUGUCUCGGCAGGACGGCAAACUGAACCGUCAGCAAACCAUCGAGCUCGGACACCACAUUCUCAAAGCACACAUCUUUAAGGGUCUGAGUAAGAAGGUCGGGGUUUCCUCGUCCGUGCUGCAGGGCCUGUGGGUGUCCUACAGUACAGAGGGUCUGUCUGCUGCUCUCGCAUCCCUGCGCAACCUCUACACCCCCAACAUCAAGGUGUCUCGUCUGCUCAUACUGGGCGGAGCCAACGUGAACUACCGUACAGAGGUGUUGAACAACGCUCCAGUGCUGUGUGUAUAUGCACACCUGGGUUAUGUGGAGAUGGUGAUGCUGUUGCUGGAGUUUGGUGCUGAUGUUAAUGGAGCAUCAGAGAGCGGCCUCACACCGUUGGGCUACGCUGCGGCUGCCGGUCACCUGUCCAUCGUCACCACCCUCUGCUCCAAAUACGCCAAGGUGGACCAUGUGGACAGGAACGGUCAGUGUCCUCUGGUGCACGCGGCUCUGAGAGGACAUCUGGAGGUAGUGAAGUUCCUGCUGGAGUGUCAGCGGAGCUCCGAGGUGGCGUUCGGCAAAACACAUGCUGUACAGCAGGCCCUUAUAGCAGCAGCUAGCAUGGGCUAUAGUGAGAUUUCCUCGUACCUGUUGGACCUACCAGAGAAAGACGAGGACGAGGAGGAGUGCCCUCACAUCAACAGCUUUGACACACUGUGGGGGGAAACAGCUCUCACUGCCGCAGCAGGCAGAGGGAAAUUGGAGGUGUGUAGAUUGUUGUUGGAGCAGGGGGCAUCUGUGUGCCAGCCUAACCGCCGUGGCAUUGUGCCACUUUUCAGUGCCGUUCGUCAGGGCCACUGGCAGAUUGUGGAGCUGCUUCAGAAUCACGGCGCCGAUGUGAACAUGGUGGAUAAACAGGGCCGCACUCCCCUGAUGGUGGCUGCGUCUGAGGGUCAUCUGGCAACUGCAGAGUUCCUGCUGGAGCAGGGUGCGUCAUUAGCCCUGAUGGAUAAGGAGGGGCUCACGGCUCUGAGCUGGGCGUGCCUAAAAGGCCACCUCCCAUUGGUCCGUGCGUUAGUGGAAAGAGGAGCAGCGACGGCUCAUGCCGACAAGAGCGGCCGCACGCCCCUGGACCUUGCCGCCUUCUACGGAGACUCGGAAGUGGUACAGUUCCUGGUGGAGCAUGGUGCCAUGAUCGAGCACGUAGACUACAGCGGAAUGAGGCCUUUGGACCGAGCUGUGGGCUGCAGGAACACAUCGGUGGUGGUGGCCCUGCUGAAGAAGGGUGCCAAGAUAGGUCCAGCAACAUGGGCCAUGGCCACCUCCAAGCCUGACAUCAUGAUUGUCCUCUUAAGCAAGCUGAUUGAGGAAGGUGAUGGAUUCUACAAGAAAGGAAAAGUGAAGGAAGCAGCCCAGCGCUAUCAGUACGCUCUGAAGAAGUUCCCUCGCGAAGGUUUCACCGAAGACCUGAAGAGUUUCCGUGAGCUUAAAGUCUCCCUACUGCUGAACCUGUCCCGCUGCCGCCGCAAAAUGAACGACUUUGGCAUGGCGGAGGAGUUUGCCUCCAGAGCUCUAGAGUUGAAACCCAAAUCCUAUGAGGCCUUUUACGCACGAGCCCGCGCCAAACGCAGCAGCAGGCAAUUCCACGCAGCCCUGGAGGACCUGAGUGAAGCCAUUCGCCUGUGCCCUAAUAACCGUGAGAUCCAGCGUCUGCUACAACGUGUGGAGGAGGAGUGUCGCCAAGUCGCUCAGCAACAGCAGCUGGAUCCACCUCCUUCUCCUCCCCAAGCCCUUCCAAUGGUGCCACAUCCUCCUCCACUGGAGCCCCGUCUGUCUGAUAUGGAGCCAGUGCAGGACUUGUUUGAAGAGGAUGAAGAUUACUUGGAGCGGGACUUGGAUGGUCUUCCACUAGCUGUGACUGCUGAGCCUCAUUCCAGCCCUUCAGGCCUGCCUGUCAUACAGAACAUGCCACCUUCCCCAAGCCACUUGCCCUACCUUUCCGGAAUCGCUGCCAUGAGUCAGUCCUAUGAUCUGCGGCCAAGUCCUCCAGCCAUGUCCUCUCCAACCCGCCAGGGUUACCAGUCUACCACUCCAUCACUGUCUCCAACUCAUCAGACUCAACACUAUCGUCCAAGCCCCCCUCAGACUUCCCCAGCCCACCAGGCCUCCUCUUCAUCUUCCUCCUCAUCCUACCACUUCAGCCCCCCUCCCUCACCUUUACGCCGUGGUGCCUACACCUCAGAGAAUGCAGCCAUCUAUAGGCCACAGUCUGCAUCCGUCAGCUCAAACCGCUAUCAACAAGAGGCACUUUCUGGAAGGCCCAAGUCACCGCUGGCAAAAAUGGGCAGCCAGCGCUCACUGCAGCAGCAAACCCAGUGGCUCCAGCCAGCCAAAGCCCAGAUUGUCCGCACAAAUCAGACCAGUGGCUCAGUCCACUCCACCGCCUACUCUCACAUGGCUCAGUCCAUAAGGGGACAUGUUCCAGGGGAUGUUGAUGAGCUGGGGGAGGUGGCCUAUUCAAGCCCUCUGCAGAUGCAGGGCAGUGUGUACAUAGAAGAGGAGCUCCCACAGAGGCCCUCACAUGCAUACAGGCCAAAUAUCACAGGCCCCCGUUAUAGUCAAAUGGGACCACAGAUCAGCCGCAGCCAAUCAGCUGCUUAUUAUCCAGUCCAGCCUCAUGAAAUUGAGCGCCAGCCUCAGUUAUCAUCACCAGAGCAUCCUCACGGUAUGCGUCGCCCACUAAGUGCCACUGGCCCUACACCACGGCCACUCAUCCACUCUCAGAGCACUGGCCUGCGCUUUUCACCAUCUAGCAGCAGUCUAGCAGCAGGAUCCACAACUAAUUUAGGUCCAGGCUUCAGGCCCUCAUCUUCAGCACAACAGAUGGAGAUCCCACUGAAGCUGGCAUAUGAGGGUGGUUACAGUGAUGACCUUUCACCAGUUUCUCCACCCCAAGGUACUGACAUGCGAGUUUUAGGGGGGACAUACCCAGGCGAAGCUCUGCGGGCACGCAGUACACCCUUCAUGGGCAUCAUAGACAAGACAGGACGGACUCAGCAGUUUAUUCAGCAACCUUCAUCCUCUUCCUCCUCAUCGCGCACCUGGGCCGUGUCAUCUUUAGACACUGUGGUCUCCAGCCCUGCCACAUCACCUGGCAACAUGACCUAUGGGCACCUUGCCUACUACAAUCGCACCAACAAUGCCCACAAUGGACACCUAGUGGAGGAUGACUACUAUCGGCCAGAUAACACAGGCCGGGUGAGUCAGGCACCCACAUACCCGGACAUUAAGGUGGCACGAACGCUGCCAGUGUCGCAGGCUUAUCAGGAUAGCGAAUACAGACAGGUGGGGCAUGGGGAGCGCCAAGGUCCUUCCUCUCCUAUCAAACCAAAGAGGCCCUUUGUUGAGUCCAACGUUUGAGGCACACCUUGUGUAUAUAUAUACAUGUCCCUCUCACAUUGACAUAAUCUAAUCUAUAAACUGAACAUGACCUAAAUGGAGAUGUUGUAGAAAGCAUCUGCUUUGGGAUCAGGAAAUGCAGGAUGCUUCAGGAACCUCAGAGUGGGCACACAUUACUGCAGUAUGCUAGCUUUCAACAGUAGUCACCUUAAGCUUUGCUGUUUAGAUGAGCAAGAGAACUGCAGAGCAUAAUGGAUACAAUUUGCAGGACCUGUACAACCACAUCUGGUGAUUUAACCAUAAUAUUGCAAUGGUAUAAAUUGCCAUUUGUAGGAAAUGGUGGAAUAGAGCUUCGCAAGAGCCAGUGCAUACUCCUGACACACCAAGCUAUUUGUUGUUCUUAGUGCAUUUAACAUUUUUACUGCAUUUAACACACAUUAAAGGCUAGUUAAUUCUGCUCAACUGAUUAAACACCCCAGCAUACAUGGGCAGCCAAGAUGCAUGCAGACAGAUGACUUUGAGGAGCGGAAUUCUUUUUCCUGUAGCCGUAGAAGUCACAACAAAUUUUAACAGCGCCACAAAAACUCACAAAGACUUUGCAAGCUUGUAAGCAAGCUUUACACAAACCUCUCAGACACCAUCACCAAAUUAUGUAUGCUGUGUGGUUGAAUAGUGAUCAGAGAGCCAGAAAAAGCUGUUCGAUUGGCUGUUCAGCGACGCAAACCAGUAAAGUGAAGCGUGUCAAAUCAAGCCAAGCAAGUCCUGCUUCAGAGCUAGGCUAGAUUGUUUGGGUAAAAUGUGUACUCCUAAAUACUGUAGUGUGUCGUAACAGUAUAGGUACUUGUACUGGUACAACAUAUACGUGGAAUACCAGGAUUUGUCUUUUACACAAUUCUCACUCUUUUAUCUAUAUUUAUAUUUGAAUUGGAAUACAGAAUAUUGCCCCCUGCUGGUAAGAAAAAGUUAUUUUGGCUGUUGAAGCGCAUUCGCUGUUUUUUGACAUUAGCUUGGUAUGUCAGGGUCUAAAUGAGUCUAAAUGUUUAGUAAGGCCUUAGUUACUCCUCCUGCUUAUAAAUAACUCGUUACAACAUUUUUUAUACUUGGUUGAGUGCACAAUUAGUCUGAAAUCUCGUAUCCCAAGAGAUCAGGCCAGAUUUCGUUCCCCUCCUACCUCUAGCGGAAUCGUUGGAAUGAGCCAUGAUGUGGCCGGGCUCUGUCCUUGAUCCGAAGCUUUCCUGAAGUCUCAUUUGUAUAUAUGGCUGUAAAUGCUGAUCCCGAACCACUGUGUAAAUAGCUAAAGUAAAGAUUGAAAAUAUGGAAUAUUUAAGUUUAAAUUAUGUUUGUACAAAAUUAUAUAUACAUAUACAUACUUCAUUUUGCUCCUGGUUUCGUUGUGCUCAGCGUUCUUGCUCCUGGUAGGUGAAUUUUUUACCUGCUUUAAGGACAAUUUUUGUUUCAUGGAAAUGUUUUCUUGGUCAUUAUAAAAAUGCUGUGCUGUGAGUUACCGAACUUCAGGAGGAAACAUCAUCGUCUCACGUCAUGUUCACGUUUAUGAAGGUAACAGAGCGUUACACUAGUGUGUGAAAUACUUUUAUUUGGGAGAGGAUGAAGUUAUUAAGGAGAGGAUUCUUUUCAGUUUUAGACACUUUUCUAGAUCGCUUACGUUAUUUUACACACAUUCACAAAAGGUUAUUAAUUCUCUUCGAUUGUUUUUAUUUCCUCAUUUUCUUUCUGUUUUCCUUUCUUUCUUUUCAGCAUCGUUUCGUUUAUGCACUUUUCCCUUUUUUUACGCUAUCGGGACCGGAAACUUCGUAUCCUUUCUGUUUUAACCGAUCGUUUUCAACUGCUGUUUUUUUUUUUUCUAAUGUGUUGAAAACCAACUUUUUUAUGGCAGAUAUGUUAAAGAUUGUACAAAUUGUGCUUAAUUAUUAAGAACGCAUGCUCUUUGCUGAGGCACACGUUGCCGUGUGCUGUUUGGGGGGUGGGUCUGGUGGUGGUGAGAUUUUACUUAUCAUGAUACUGAUGUAGAAAGGAAAGAGGAAAGGACCGUGCUUCAAUCAUUUUCCUCCUCCCUUUUUUUUUUCCUUUUCAAUUUUAUAUAAAGUUUUAUUUGUAUUUUUUUUCUUCAGUCUAAGCUUGCUAUUAGCCCAACUCUCUGUACAUGGUUUUCAGUAAAACAAGAGUAAAAGCCAGAAACAUGAAUGCAUUUUUGAUCCUGUUCUACUGUACAAUCAACUGUAUGUAAUAAUGAAAUAAUGUACUAAUUUAAGAAUUCAAAGAAAUUCCCUCGGGGUGAAAAAACGAUCAGUGACUGCACGAUUCUUGUUUUAAUCCAGGUUACGCAUUUAAUCUUGAUAUAUUUAAAAAAAAAAAAAAAACAAUUCCAUGGUAAAACAUGAAGUCAUUACAAGAGGAUUUAACCUUAUGAUGAUUUCCAAGCACAUUAAAGGACACGGCAGCUUUUUUUUAACAAUCCCUAUCUGCUGAGUUUGGUGUGUGUGUGUGUGUGUGUGUGUGUGUGUGUGUGCGUGUGUAUUCUCUUAACUAGUUCCAACAACUCGCCUAGCUUGUGCUCUAGAUUGUAUUUUUCACUCCCAGUAACACAGAUGAAUUAAAGUUAGCUGUAAACCCA